AUGCCGCCUCGAAUACCCAUAUUGUCGUGCCUUCGGGCGUCGACGUCAUCAUCUGCCCCACACCAAUUCGCCCUCCCCAUUCGAACCUUUGCCUCGACUUCCCUCCUCCAAGGCAAGACACUCGAAAGGUCGCAGAAGAAGCGCAUUUCUCAUGACCCGUACCUCGUCGCACAACGCAAUCGCAAGAAAGCAGCCAAUCUCUCCCGCCGUGCCGAGCUCGACGAGGCCAGAGUAGCCAGUCUUGGCAACCCUGUCCGCGGUGUAUCGACACCUUUCGUUGAAUCAUUCGAAUCAGGGAAACCUAUUACCUACGAAGAGGGCAAGAAGGCGCCGAAAGAUAGCCUGCAUCUCAACUACGCCUUCGACCCGAAGAUCGUCGAGAAGCAGCUAAAGAAGAGCGAGAAGCUAGCAGUGCCACUGAGCGAGCUUGGAAAGCAGAGCACCGUCGGGCCCUUUCCAUGGAGUGAUUCAUUGCCAUAUGGAAAGGCGACGGAAACACAGGAGAGCACCGAGGAAGUUGAGCAGAAAAACAAAAAGGACCAUGCGCGUGCCGCAGAAGCCAUUGCCCGUAUCACAGCCCUCGAGAACGGCUCGAGCAAGGACCGUAUGCGCGUCAACAUCACCCGAUGCAUCGAGUCUUUUGGUCGCCACAACACCGACAGGAUAUUCCCACCUAAAGCACCCGGCGUGAAGAACAUCCAGGGCACGGAAGUACACCCAAUACGGCCGGAGACGAACAUCGCCGCAACAAAUAAGCGCAUAGGACCGGACACUGGAUCUUCUGAAGUCCAAAUCGCUAUCUUGACUGCGAAGAUCAAAACGGUCGCAGACUUUCUUGCGUCACGAGGAAAGGGCGACAAGCACAACAAGCGGAAUCUGAGGCUGCUGGUGCACAGGCGCCAGAAGCUGUUGCAGUAUUUGAGGAGGAAGGAGCGAGGUGGGCCGAGGUGGCAGCAUUGUAUUGAGACGUUAGGAUUGACUGAAGGCACCUGGAGAGGUGAGAUUUCGUUGUAAGAGUAGGCUACACACCACCCACAACAAGAACGUAUCUGGCAUAGCGAAGCAUGUAUUGUGUAUAUGUACAUUAUGGCAGUAUAAGGCAUUGCAUUGGGAAUCAACUGGAACCCGCCGAAUUUCAACCAAGUGUCGGCUGCGAUAGGACUUCGUUGACAUGUUUACCUCCCAUCUACCUCCAUCACAGCAAAAACUGCACAACGAUGUCUCGGCGUACCACUAGCACCCUUCGACCAUGUGGAAAGCAGUGUAUCCUUGAUGAAAGAUGCGAGAUAAUCUAGAAUCGAGGAAUUGAGC